CAAAAGCAGCGGCCUCACUCCGACUGUUCCGACUGAUUUCCGUCGCAUCAGCUGUUCCCGUCCGCCGGAGCUGAGCAGAAGAAGCAGGAGAGACGCGCAGCGGCGCACAGAACACAUCAAUCUUGUCGUCGUCUAUAGCGUAGUUACAGCCCGUCCGUACAGCAGUAAUACGACCUGCGAAUGUCUGCAUGUCCAAAAAUGCAACAACAGGCGAACGGCGACGGCACCACUGCUUCGCCAAGGAAGAAACAACGUACGUCUAACGUAGCAACGAAUGAUCCGAUAUCGAAGGUCACCGUGGUACUCGGUGCACAAUGGGGCGACGAAGGCAAGGGAAAGGUCGUGGAUAUGUUAGCGAUGGACGCUGACGUCGUCUGCAGGUGUCAGGGAGGAAAUAAUGCAGGGCAUACUGUAGUUGUAGAAGGUGCUGAAUUCGACUUUCACCUUCUGCCUAGUGGAAUAAUCAAUCCCAGAUGCAAAUCCGUAAUAGGUAACGGAGUAGUGAUUCAUUUACCUGGCUUGUUUGAAGAAUUGGAGAAGAAUGAAUCUAAGGGACUUAAAGACUGGGAGGACAGGCUUAUAAUAUCAGAUCGGGCACAUAUAGUGUUUGAUUUUCAUCAACAGGUGGAUGGAUUACAAGAAUUAGAAAAAGGCACACAAUCACUGGGAACUACAAAGAAGGGUAUAGGACCAACCUAUUCAAGUAAAGCUGCUAGAAAUGGACUUAGGAUUGGGGAUCUUCUUGGAGAUUUUGACAAAUUCUCCCAAAAAUUUAAUACCUUGGUUACAUCAUAUCAAAAGAUGUUUCCUGCACUACAUGUUGAUAUUAAAACUGAAUUGGAUCGUUAUAAGCAAUAUUCCGAACGUAUCAGGCCGUAUGUGAAAGAAACUGUACAGUAUUUGCACCAAGCUUUAAAAGAUGGUAAAAAAGUUUUGGUGGAAGGUGCAAAUGCAGCAAUGCUAGACAUCGACUUUGGAACUUAUCCAUAUGUAACAAGCUCGAACUGCAGUAUAGGUGGAGUAUUAACAGGUCUUGGUUUACCUCCUAACACAAUUGGUGAGAUAAUCGGUGUCGUGAAAGCUUACACUACCAGAGUCGGCGAUGGACCAUUUCCUACAGAAUUAUUAGAUUCUACUGGAGAACUACUGCAAAAAAGAGGCCAUGAAGUUGGCGUGACUACAAAACGAAAAAGACGUUGCGGAUGGCUCGACUUACCACUACUAAGAUUCACAGUGUUGGUUAAUGGAUAUACGUCUAUAUGUUUAACAAAAUUGGAUAUUUUGGACACCUUACCGGAAAUAAAAGUAUGUAUUGGAUAUCGGUUAAAUGGAAAGGACAUAGAUUAUUUCCCAAGCAGUACUUCAGAAUUAGUAAAAGUCGAAGUUGUAUAUGAAAAAGUUGAUGGUUGGCAGUCUACCACCGAAGGCGUGCGAUCCUUGGAUAAACUGCCUUCGAAUGCACAUAAAUAUAUACGAAUCAUAGAGGAAUACUUAAACGUGCCAGUCAAAUGGAUCGGCGUAGGUGCAGGUCGAGAGAGUGUAAUUGCCCUCUGACGAUAUACAGUUCACAAAAUGUUACUUAAAAAACGCACGAUAUUAAAUGUAUUAUUAAUUUUAAUUUUACCUUUAACAUUUUUACAAUGCAAAGCUGAUAAGCGCACACAAAGAGAAAGAUUUUAACAAUAAGUUUUCAGUGAAUGUAGUAUUAUUGUUGAAUUUAAGUGACACUGAAUGUACACACAUAACAUUGUACAAUGUGAAUGUUAGUCAUUUUGUAGUCAGUAUCAGCGUUAACGAGUGAGCCGAAGAUUAUCACAAAUGUUCGUUAUAUGUUAUCUAUUUUAAAUAGCUCUAUUAUAGAUACAUAUAUAUAUAUAUGUAUAUAUAUAUAUGUGUGUGUAUACAUUAAGGCACACUUGUGUUAUUUGUCAAUUAAUGCCUUCAAUUUUA